AUGUCUUCCGGACACGUUCUCCUCACAGGCGCAAACGGCUUCGUCGCCUCGCACAUCCUCUCCAUUCUCAUCGAGCGCGGCUACUCCAUCACAGCCACCGUCCGAUCACCCCAGAAGGCAAACGACGUUUUCAACACCCACCCAUCCUGGAAGGGUAAAGUCGACUUCGCCAUUGUCGCGGACUUCACCUCGGAAAAGCCAUUCGACGAGCUCUUUCGAAAUACGAAACAGCCGUUCAACUAUGUGAUUCAUACCGCGUCGCCUUUGACAUUUGCGGUGGAGGAUUUGAGGAAAGAGAUGAUUGAGCCUGCUGUUAAGGGAACUACGGAGAUUUUGAAAGCAGCCAACAACUACGGUGGUGACUCCCUCAAACGCUUUGUCCUUCUGGGCAGCGCAGUGUCUGUUCUCGAUUCCUUCGAAGAUCUAUCUCGGGAAGGAAAGCCGUAUACAGAGAAAGACUGGAAUCCAGUAACAGCAGAACAAGCCAUUGAACGAAAUGACACCAUUCGGGCAUACAACGUAUCCAAAGCCCAAGCAGAACUGUCCGCGUGGGCAUUCAUGAAGGAAACAUCCCCCAAUUUCGACCUGGUGGUGAUCAACCCGGACAUCAUCACAGGACCAAUGCUGCAUCCCAUCUCGAGUCCGAAAUCAGUCAACGAGACGAAUCAAUUCGCUAUUAAGAGUUUCAUCGACGGCACCUAUAAGCAGAUCGAAGGCGUGCAGUUUCCUUUUUUUCAUUUCGUCGACGUCCGCGACGUAGCCCAAAGCCACGUCGACGCACUCACCAACCCCGCUGCAGCCGGCCAUCGCAUCCUGCUCAUCUCAGACCUCAUCACACCGCAGCUGAUCGCGAAUAUCAUUCGAGAGAAUUUUCCCGCUCUCAGAGAUCGAGUGCCCGAGGGAAACCCGUCGCAGAUCUUGCCGCCUGGAAUCCACCCUACCGGAUGGGAUAUGAGGGUUAGUCUGGACAUUCUGGCCAAGGGGACGAAGCAGGGCAAGUGGAAGUAUAUCGAUCUGAGGACGAGUGUGACGGAUGCUGUGAGUUCGAUGAUUGAGAAGAAUGUUCUGUAGUCUGGUUGCAUAUUAUGAAAGUAUAUUUAUGUAUGUCAUAAAAGUAAAUCUGAUUUAUAACAAUCGGCGAAUCAAUCCCGAACAUUCUCGGAAAGCAAUGGCACAUACUAAAUGACCUCGUG